ACAAUCCUCUCAUACACACUCUCUCGCUCUGCACGUGCACGCGGACACACACACUCUCUGUCACACAAACAACCCCCUUGUACACACACUCGCUCUCUGCACGCACACACACUCACUGUCUCUUACUCACACAAUCCUGUCACAAACAUGCACACUAAUAAAAAAACAGUUAUCUCAAUAGAAUGGAAGGAAUAUACAUGUCAUUAUUUUAAUGAUAAUUAACCUUGUCUUAUAAUAAUAUUGUUCUUAGGUUUGCUUCUUACAAGCAUUUCUUGCCCUAUUGGAAAUUGGUGGAGCCUGCUGCAAAAAGUAGGAUGGUGCGAAUUACCAUGGCAAAGGCUGCCUCUGACAGCUUCGAUGAGCUGACCCAAAAAAAAACAACGAAACUUGCACCAAUAGAUGAGCUGUUGCUUUUUCUGAUGCACUUGUCUGUGGGUCUGCCUCUCCGGGAUCUAGCAGAGCGCUUUGGUGUUCAUCGCACCACAGCUAGCCGAAUCAUUGUGACUUGGACACACUUUCUGUACAAUCUACUUGGUUCAAUUCGCCUGUGGAUACCAAAAGAAGUCGUCAGAGCUCUCUUACCACCAGAGUUUGCAGACUUCCCUGACACUCAAGUGGUGCUGGACUGCACUGAAUUGUACUGCCAAACACCAUCCUCUCUACUACUUCAGAGUGAGGUGUUUUCGAAUUACAAAUCACACAGUACAUUGAAGGCGAUGAUUGGCAUUGCACCACAUGGUGCCAUUACUUUUGUUUCAGUGCUGCAUGCAGGCUCUAUGAGUGACCGGGAGAUUUUCAAACUUUCAGGAAUUAUUAAAUGCCUCACACCAGGCAUGGCCAUUAUGGUUGACAAGGGCUUUUUGGUAGAUGAGCUCGUUCUUUGCAAGGUUUACCGACCUGCAUAUCUGUCAAAGAAAUUCCCAGAUGUCCAGGCAGGAUGUCCAACAGACCCAAUCCAUUGCCCGGCUGCGAGUACAUGUUGA